CUCGGACUAGCCAGCAUACAGUAUCGAUCACUCCACGAUCCUGUUCGCUUUCCAGCUGGUCCGCUCGCCUGCCAUCACCCUGACGGCUGACCAGGAAAUAGUCCCUGCCAGAUCACACAACACACCUGGAUCGUCACAUAGCAGUGCGGGGAAUAUCUUAAAGGAAGUGAUUCGGACAUGUGUGUCGUUUUCAGGAGGACCAGCCUGGGAUCUGUUACGGUCUAUUGAUUGUAUGUUGUGUGGUGUAUGCUAGACAGGUAUUGACAACACUGAUUAAAGGUGCGUUCAUCAUACGUGCAGCAUGACGUCACUGCUUUGUUAUUCACAUAGGGUAGAAGUAUAGGAGACAUGAUUUCAUCCGACUGGGCGUUUUCAGGAGUCUGUGUAUAGGUACCAAGGUCGCCUGUUGUCAAGAAAACGGGACGUGUUAUUACGAGGCAGAGAAACUGUCGUCAAAUACCACCGGAGCUCUGAGUGGCUACAAUGAUCAACUCUGAUGGGUGGAUGCGUCGCUAGAUCCUCCUUCACGGUCACCGAUAAAACUGCGGCAGCUCAAGCAAUCAGGACGUACCCUGUCCUGUUCAGCAUGGAGGACGCUGAGGACGUGAUGAGAGAGGCGUCCCCGGGGACGUACCUGUUGUACAAGGACUUCCAGUCCGACCGCAUCUACCUGUCCGUCAGGCGGCACAACCAGGUUGUACAUCACCGCAUCCUUGAGAUAGAGCGCCUCUUCUACCUGGGACGACAACCCUACCCCUACCUCGACUCUAUCAUCUUCUACCACAUGAAGCACAAGCUGAAGGGGGUCAAGCUGAAGAAGCAGGCGUACCUCAGCGCACGUGUUGUCAAAGCAUUCACUACCAAGGUCAUGUCAAGCAACGGACAAAUGUUGGAUUAUAGAGACAAUUCCAACAACAAUAACAUCAAUCCUGGUUUUCAUGGCAACAACGGAAAUUGCUUCCAUUCCAUGCAAAGAAUGAAUGGACGAAUUUGGAAGUGUGGUUCAAUGGAUUCGCUGAUGACGUCAUCCUCGGGUGCCUCAUGGUGACAGUAGGUUGCUAUGGCAACUGAAACUUUCGUAAAUUCGCUUGAGGCAGCUUUAAGAAAUGACCAUGAUGUUCAGUAAUUACAAUACCGAUUGUGGAAGUGACAGUCCCAAGACGAUCUCAUUCUUCGCCACUUCACGUACCACCCUUCUCCUAAUGGAAGAUGGUUAAACAAUAUGGCUGCCUUCCGGUUUCGAGCCCCUUAUUGGACGCAAUUAAAUGUGAAUUGUGAUCAUAUUGUUUGAUCGCCCUCCCUGUGUGGAAACCAAACUGGUUCUUUUCGUAAAACAUUACCAAAUGAUGGGUGAGGUUUAACAUCCUGUAUGAUUUUAUAUCCGAACUGAUAAUGGCCAGCAGCCGGUUGCCAUGACGAGAGGUGUCAUGUUACCGCAGCAGGUGUCUCAUGUAUGUCUCUACCGUGACAAAAAUCGAUGAUGUCUUUUAUUAAAAUGAUUUGUUCCCGUAUCUGAAGCAGGAACAUCGUGUCAGUGCCUAAUGGCAGCGUCAAGGAUUUCAUUGGACUAGAACCUCGUUGCUGCUCGCCAAUAUAAAUGAUGCUUCCAAAAUGACGAAUGCCUUCCUUGAGGCACAGGAAAGUCAUGCUGUGAUUCAGUCCUUUACCAGUUAUUACAGGGCAUGUCUGGUUUAAGGAAAUAAGAAUAGUUUAUAAUUGCCAGGAUUGCAGGGGUGACACACACUAAAGGCGCCUCAAUUCAGAGUUGUCUCCCUUAGCGUGACAGAACCAGUUAUUGUAGUUCGAAUCCAAGACUUGCCCUGAUUAUGUUUCUAGGUUUGUCAGUACCAUACCCGUGGUCGUGGGUUUCAUCAAAGUAACUGCAUCGAGUCAGGAUGAAGCUUACACGCCUUGAUAUACCUGAAAUACUACUAAAUACAACGUUAAACCCAACUCACUCACUCACUCCAAGUCACUUAGACACCCAGUACGUAGCACUAUGGAGUGUCCACUAUAAGAAUUAUGUAUGCAUUAUAUAUGGCAUCUUCCCGAGGCAAAAGUCCAGUUUCCACCCUUGCCGUACUAGGCUGGAAUUCCUGGGCUCGACCGUAGCGCCACCAGUGGUCAUUACGUGUUAUGUCACCUCUAAGCCUCUCCUAUA